AGUCCGCGUUCGACUGCAACUCGAGGCGGUUGCCAUCGACUUCUUGUGCUUUGCGAAUGUGAUCUACGGAACAAUUUCUCAUGUGCUCGCGCGCACAUUGAGGGCCCCCCUUUAUUGAGUAUCUUUUGGUGAUCAUCUGCCAAGUGAUUCACAAGAGUGUCUCUCUUCUGUGGGAAAAAAGUGUGUCUUGGAGGUACAUCGACCACAAAUGGUGUUAAUUCUUGUGAGAGGUUAUUGUCUGUGUGAAAUUUUGCAAGAGAACCCCAACUUCUUGUGACAGUGAGAUAGAUAAUUUUAUUGCCUGUGGUUAGCAAGAUCUUGCUGGAAUUUUCAAAUAAGGUGCAUAGAGAGUUGGAGUGAUUUGUGGGAUCAACAUUCUUUAGUGCCCACGGAAUAAAAAUUCAAAAUUGUGCUGUGUGGAAUAUCUUUUUUUUUUUUUGGAUUAAUCGCACAAGUUAUGCACUAAUUGACCAAGUUGUGUGCAAAUGUGCAAUAUUCAUGAAUGGAUUAUCGGUGAGCAGGAAGCUUGAGAUUGCAUGAGGCAGUAAAUAAGAUCAAUCAUACCAUAAUUGACCACGGAAGACGCAACUGAAGCCCAAGAGAGAUUGAAACUAACCAUCUGCAAUGGAGGAACCAAUUCCGGCAAAUGUGAAGAUUGACAUGGAUGUAGAACCCAAAGAUAUGCUGACGGCCAAGAUGACUGUCGAGACUGUGGUUCCUCAUCCUACAGAUCCAGCUCCUAUCUUCCCUGACCAGACCAGUACAAAUAACACAAAUGGGCGUAGAGGGAGUUUAGCUCAUUCCUCCCAAGCUUCUAUCAUUAGCAAUGAUAACAAAUCCAGUCACCUGUACUCCGCUCCAGAUCUUCUCACAUCGCCGGAAAAGAAAGAUUCCGCCCAGACGGAAGAGGAACGAGUGGAGGAGAGUGAUCAGAGAGAAGGACAUUUGAGGAAGAUGGCCGAAUCCCUAAUGGCAGCGACAAAAGAUCCUGCGAAGAGGAGAUUCUCCGCAGGAGUUAUUCUAGGCAUCACUCAGCUCAUUCUCAGUGUUGCCCUCUCAGCCCUGGGAGGUCUCCUGAUCGCCAGGGAUGCUUCCCUCUCGUCCUGUGGCUCAGGACUCUGGGCAGCAGCAAUUGCAGCCAUAGCUGGUGCUUUUGGAGCCAUGGGACAGCGAGCCAGAACGGGAUUUCUGGCUGCCAGUCUCAUUUGCGUAGCUUCCAGCACUCUGGCGAUGGCUUUUACGGGAAUUGGAGUGGUCAGGGAUUCACAGCAAAAGGUAAGACUAAAGGACAUGUCGAAUGCCGUUAGUGCAGGAUCAGGCCUGUUGUUCGCCCUGGCUCUCCAUUUCCUCAUUAGUGCUGCAUCAGUGUACUAUUCUGCCCUCAAACUCUGUCUCAGACCUUCUCCGGCAGUUAUCCUGGAGAACUCUGACCUGACUACCCUGACCCAGAAAAAAGUCGAAGACUACAUCAAGUCUAUCUCAUCGGGAUCCACAAGAAAUGGUAGUACCAUUGUCUUUCCCAAUAUGCUACACAGAAAUAUGAUAUCAGCUCUAAGUCAGAGUGCAAACAGUGUUAGUGGCCGGGAAAAUGUACAGAACUUCCAUCCUCAACCUAUUCAAGGACCCCCACCGGUUUAUCUGGUUCCAGCAGGGGUUUCUCCUCCAAUUCCUCCCCCAGUAAUGUACCCCUAUUCUGUCCCCUAUCCCCCAAUGGCACCUCCCUACUUCGUACCUGAACAGCAGAUAAUGGAUAACCUCUACCGAUGGCGAUCAACGAGAUCUUUAAGAAGUCGCGUGUCUGAGAGAUCAAAAUCCAGCAGACGCCGAAGUGAACCAAGAGAAGUAGCUAGUGAUGCUGGAGUGGACAGGAAAGCCUUCCAGUACACUGGUCUCGAUCGUGCCAUCGCCAAUAGUUUCCUGGUGCAUCAGCAGAACAAGAGCAACAACUGCGAUACGAGCAGAAGCGGAGGAUCUCAGAGUACAGAAUCAAUGGCAAAGUGCUGCGAUGUCGCCAUGUAAACCUUUUUAAGAUAGCCUACAACCAUCUUUAGAGAAUUCUUAGCUUUGGGGUGGAUUUUUGUAAAUUAGUGUAAAUAACCUAUACUUUGUAAAAAAAAAAAAUUAUUUGAAGAGUCAGUGAAUUACCUUGAUAGUUUUUUUCUUUGUGGACUUGCUACCAUAACCAGCAAUAGCUUAAAAAUACUCGUUUUGUAAGAUAUUCUACCAUUGAAUGUUAUGACUAAGAGCAAUAAAUGAAUUUAUGCAUGUU